AUGAUCAUUACCACUGAUUAUCCAGCAACCAUCAACCAUAUCAAAUCUCACCUUCAACGAGAGUUUGAAGUGAAAGACCUAGGCAACCUACAUUACUUCCACGGAUUGGAGAUCAAUCAAACACCAUGUGGCUACUAUCUAUCUCAACAGAAAUUUGCCACCGACAUUGUCAAUCGUGCAGGGCUAACAGAUCUAAAACUAGCUCGGAUGCCCCUCGAACUGAAUGUCAAACUCAAUGCUACCAAUGGUGAUCCACUAUUUGAUGUAACUAAAUAUCGACAUCUUAUAGGAAGCCUGUUCUAUCUCACUAUUACCAGACCCGACAUCUCUCAUAUGGUUCAUGUCCUUAGUCAAUUUGUCACUGCGCCUCACUCUUCUUAUCAAUUAGCACUUCUUCGUGUUCUACGCUACAUUCGUGAGACACCAAGUAGAGCAUUAUUCUUCUCAGCAUCAUCAUCACUCAUCCUUUGUUCCUACAGUGAUGCUGACUGGGCAAGUGACAUUAUAGAUCGCCAAUCUACCAUUGGCUAUUGUAUCUUCCUAGAUGACUCUCUCAUCUAUUGGGAAUCUAAGAAACAUGAUGUUGUCUCUCACUCCAAUGUGGAAUUAUAA